UUAUGCAUCUCUGGGCCCAAGUGGGCCGGAACAUCAACAAAUACAUCAAUUUCCCGCGUCUGAUUGGCGAGUGCGGCGGUAAAAACUACCACUUCGUCCACCCAAGCGCUGACGUCACUUCGGUGGUUACCGGUACCAUCAGGAGCGCUUUCGAGUACUGUGGACAGAAGUGUAGCGCUUGUUCGAGAAUGUACGCACCGAAAUCAUUAUGGCCAGUCAUAAAAGAAAAACUCUUAGACGUUAGAAGUAAGUUGAAAAUCGGCGAUCCGACAGAUUACGAAUCGUUUACUUCGGCGGUGAUCGACCAGAAGGCGUUCACGAGAAUCAAAGGAUAUAUAGAACAUGCAAAGAAGUCACCUAAUUUGGAGAUCAUCGGAGGCGGAAAGUGCGAUGACAGCAAGGGUUACUUUAUCGACCCCACCAUCGUAGUUACCGAAGAUCCGAAAGAUAAAAUCAUGACAGAAGAAAUUUUCGGUCCGGUGUUAACGAUUUACGUCUACGAAGACAAGAAGUUGGAGGAAGUUUUAGAGUCUGUGGGAAGUGUAACCGUGUAUGCGCUCACGGGAUCUAUCUUCGCUCAAGACCAGAAGUGGCUUGCACGUGCUUUCGAAGUACUGAAGAUGACAGCUGGCAACUUUUACAUCAACGAUAAGUCAACGGGGAGUGUAGUUGGUCAACAGCCGUUUGGGGGCGCCAGGUUAUCAGGAACCAAUGAUAAAGCAGGCGGUCCUCACUAUAUUCUGCGAUGGGCCAAUCCACAAGCCAUCAAAGAGACAUUUGUACCGUUGAACGACGUUUUCUAUCCCUAUAUGAAACAAUAAAAUCCUUAGAAUUAUGUAUUCGUUGGUCCGCUUAUCUUUUUUUUCUGGUAGCCUGUGUAUCGUUAAUUAAUUGCAUGUGGAGUCUUGAAUGAACAAAAGUAUGCUUAAUUUAAUGUAGUUUUAAUUUAUUAGGGAUCAAUUUUUAGCGUUAACUUUAAAAAUAACAAGGUCGGGAAAUGUUUGAGACAACAUAGUAUACGAAAAUCCCAAUAAUGUGGUUACUGUAACGAUUGUAGUAGUUGUAUUAGGA